CCCUACAGAGGCGUGACCUCUGGCCGAGAGGGAGACAGACGAAUGUUUUCACUUCCAGUGGCUCCUCUCUCUUCCCGUGGCAUCUCUUAAUCCACUGUGGCUCCUUGCUCUCUGCUCUUCUCUUUCCCAGUGAUUCAUCUCUCUCCCAGUGAUCCAUCUCGUUCCCUGUAAUUCGUCUCUGUUCUCCAGAGCCGCUUCCUCCUCUCGCUGCUCGACCGCGGCUCGACCGCGGCUCCCCACACCCCGGGCGCGCUGAGCGAGGGUCGACAUGGCUUCUGCACCUGCGGAGAUCGUCGUGGUGGGCUCAUGCAUGACGGAUCUGGUGAGCUACGCCCCGCGGCUGCCGCGGGUCGGGGAGACGGUUCACGGACACCGCUUCGCCGUGGGCUUCGGGGGCAAGGGCGCCAACCAGUGCGUGCAGGCCGCACGGCUCGGCGCCAGCACGGCCAUGGUGGCCAAGGUCGGAAAGGACACAUUCGGAGACAACUACAUUCAGAAUUUCAAGGAUAACGGAGUGAACAUAGAUUACGUGGGGCAAGUUUCCGAGGCGGCCACCGGCGUGGCUCCCAUCACGGUGGACGAUGAAGGGAGGAACGCGAUCGUCAUCGUGCCCGGAGCGAACCUGUCCCUGGGCCCCGAGGACGUUGCGCUCGCGCGGGCGGCCAUCGCGGGCGCUCGCGUCGUGCUGGCGCAGCUCGAGGUGCGGCCCGAGACCACGGCGCAGGCGCUGCGCCUCGCCCGCCAGCACGGCGUGAGGACCAUCCUGAACCCCGCGCCCGCCGUGCCGGACCUGGACCCGGAGCUCUACGAGCUGUCUGACAUCUUCUGCCCAAACGAGACCGAGGCAGAGCUGCUGACGGGCGUGGUGGUGAGCGGAGUGGAGGAGGCGGGCCGUGCCGCCACGCUGCUGCUCGAGCGAGGCUGCGGCGCCGUCGUCAUCACGUUGGGGUGCCGUGGAGCGGUGGUCGCGAGUCGAUCCGAUCCAUCUCCUCGCCAUGUCCCCUCGCCCAGCGUCACCGCUGUGGACACCACGGGAGCCGGAGACAGCUUCGUGGGCUCGCUCGCGUUCUUCCAGGCGCGUCUCCCGGGCCUCCCGCUGGCGGAGGCGGCCCGGCGCGCGUGCCACAUCGCGGCCGAGAGCGUGCGCUCGGCCGGCACGCAGAGCAGCUACCCGGGGCGCGCCGCCCUCCCCGUCGCGCUCUUCCAGGAGCAGUGACGGAAGCGGAGGAAGCUCUCCCAGGCCGGUCGCUCGCUCAGUCAACCGCCCGCCCGACUGCUCGAUCCAUCCACCGCACGCUCAACCGCCGCUUGCUCGCGCAAAGGGUGGAUUGCGAGGAUGGAAACAUUAUCCUGAGAUUUGAGGAAUAAAUGUCAGGCGCAAAAGCUUGUUCUGGUGCUUUUGUGAAUGUAUCAACUAGAAGGGAAAUAAUAA